UGACGGACGUAUGUUCGCGGUAAUCGCUCGCUUCCACGUGGAGGCAAGAGCCGCGGAACUGUUGUUCAUCGAUGUGUGAUCAUUGUCGCGCGCGUGUUUCGCGAAGUCGCACACGGCGACGUUAAAAGAGUGAAACGUAUAUAUAUAUAUAUAUACAUAUAUAUUCUCGCGCGAUCGUUCGCGGCGAGCUUUCGUGGAAGGAUCUCGACGGCGGCGUCGUUCGUUCCAGAGGGAUCGUCUUCGUGUUCGCGUUUGUCUCGGUUUUGUAACUUGACGAGUGCAGUGACACACGGGGUUCUCUAGGCUUGUAACUCCAACGCGUGAAGUGCGAGACACGUUUUCGCGGUGUGAGAUUGAGCCGCUGGACGGUACGCAACGAAACGAGGCAAGUGCGUAUCGUGGAAUUUGGAUUACCUGAAGCACAAUAAUACCGGAGCUGAGAAGAAUCACUCUCCGCUCUCUGGGCCUCGUCGCAAGACAUUGGACGCGGCCGGCGUCGUCGGGAAUCGCAGCGCAAGCAAGGUGACCGCUGCCGAUACGCGAAACGGGGUCGGAAGUCCUGUACCUCGCAGUGGCCUCGUUCUAUCGAGCGAAAGACAAACCGGGCGGAAGUGUUCGUCGACGAGCACUAACGAUGAGCUAGCGACACCAUCAUGCAUAGGAUGAAGCAACGCGUGCUUCACGCCUGGCCAUGGUUGUGGCUAUGGCUGUUCGCGGCCACGGCCGGCUCUCCGUCUUCCGAUACUUUCGUGCCGACUUUCGUGCCGCCACGUGGCGGCGGGGGCGGAAGCGCGAGAGACGACGACGGCGAUGGCAAUGGUGGUGGUGGUGGUGGUGGUGGUGCUUCAAUCAAGUCGAUUUCCUCGAUCGGCACCGCGACGACCCUGCCGUUCACGUUCGAGGAUGACGCGAGUCUUCCCUCGGAAAUUUCCGAAUUCCGUUUCACGCAGUCUCUGUACAACGUUUCUAUUCCCGAAAAUUCCAUCGGUAAAACGUACGUCGUGCCCCAGGAGAGGAUGGGUAUAAAGCUCGCGUCCGCCAAUAGUGACAUUGACGUAAAGUUUCGCAUAGUGAGCGGCGAUCGCGAAAAGUUUUUUAAAGCGGAGGAACGCACGGUCGGCGAUUUCUGCUUCCUCUUAAUACGGACUCGAACCAGCAGCGUCGACGUGCUAAAUCGCGAACGCAAAGACCGAUACGUGCUCGAGGUGCGUGCCACCUCGAGCAAACGCGACGGUAGAAACAGAGUGGUUACGCUCGAGGCGAGCACCACGGUGGUGGUGACAAUCCUCGACACGAACGAUCUCAAUCCGCUCUUCUAUCCGAUCGAAUACGAGACCACCGUGACGGAGGACACGCCUUUGCAUCGCAGCAUACUCAGGGUAAUCGCCGAGGACGCCGAUCUCGGCAGAAAUGGCGAAAUUUACUAUAGCUUUGCAGAGGAAACAGAUCAGUUUGCUGUUCAUCCGGUCAGUGGCGUAAUAACGCUUACAAGACCGCUCAGGUACGCGGAACGCGCCAUACACGAGCUGGUAGUCUUAGCGAAGGAUCGCGGCGCUCUUUUUCGUAGCGCGGGCAACAGCCGCGCGAGUACCGCGAGGGUCACCAUCAGAGUACGGCAGGUGAAUCUGUACGCGCCCGAAAUCUACGUACAUCAGUUACCCAACAUCGUCGAGAACUCGAACGCCGACAUCUACGCGAUUGUGCAAGUGAACGAUCGUGACGAGGGCGUACACGGUCAGAUCGCGAGUCUCGAUAUCGUGGGCGGCGAUCCGGCCGGUCACUUCAGGGUGCGUCCGGCCGGUGGAUCGCUCUUCGGUCGCGAAUACAACAUCGAGGUACUGCAUCUGCUCGAUCGCGAGACCGCGGUGCAGGGUUACAAUCUCACCCUGCGCGCUAUGGAUCGCGGGGUGCCGCAGCGGUACAGCUACAAAUUCGUGCCGGUGCAUCUGGCUGACGUGAACGAUAACGCGCCGGUGUUCAGUCGCCAGAUUUACGAGGUUAAAGUGCCAGAAACUGCCCCCAUAAACACGCCGAUCAUAAGACUCAAGGUUACGGACGCGGACGAAGGGAAAAACGCACUGGUAUAUCUCGAAAUAGUUGGCGGUAACGAGGGUGGCGAAUUUCAUAUGAACGCCGAGACCGGUAUGUUGUACACGGCCGUCAAUCUGGACGCCGAGAAGAAGGCGUUUUAUACGCUGACGGUAUCGGCAAUCGAUCAGGGUAACGCCGGCACCAGAAAGCAAUCCUCGGCGAAAGUGAAGAUCAACGUGGUCGACACCAACGACAACGAUCCGACCUUCGACCAGCCGGAAAUGGAGGUGCUGCUGGACGAGAACGAACCGGCCGGCACGUCCGUCGUGCGAGUGACCGCGAAGGAUCGCGAUUCUGGCGAGAACGCCUACAUAUCUUACAGCAUCGACAACCUUAAGAAAGUUCCGUUCGAAAUCGAUCAUUUCUCCGGUAUCGUCAAGACCAAACAGGUUCUCGAUUACGAGACCAUGAAACGAGAGUAUCUGCUGCACGUGCGAGCGAGCGAUUGGGGUCUGCCUUAUCGGCGUCAGGCUGAGAUGCAAUUACGGGUGAAGUUACGGGAUGUAAACGACAAUCGACCGCAGUUCGAACGGAUCGAUUGCACCGGUCACGUGCCGCGAUACGUGCCGAUCGGAUCUGAGAUCAUCACCGUGUCCGCGAUUGACUUCGACGCCGGGAACAUCGUUAGUUAUCGUAUAGUGUCCGGGAAUUCCGACGGUUGCUUUGUUCUCGACUCAGCCAGCGGUGUCCUCUCGGUCGCUUGCGAUCUAUCGGACAUCAAGGUCACCGAGAGAACUGUCAACGUUACCGCCACCGACGGCACGCAUUUCGCGGAUGUUAAUCCCAUUCACAUACAUCUUGUGAACGCCAAGCGGAAUCUGGGCUCGCAGGCGAGAAUCCUGACGGAUGAGACCGGCGCUUUCGAAUGCCACGACACCGGCGUGGCGCGCAGACUGACGGACGCAAUGGCCUCAGCAGAGAAGAAUAACAUGCCGUCGCGGGACGACGAGUACACCCUGAUACCGAGUCGUUACGGUGAGAACGUGCACGCCCCCGAAUUCAUCGAUUUCCCGAGUGAGAUACGGGUCAACGAGUCGCUCAAACUCGGCACGACUCUAGUGCGAAUACGCGCCCGCGAUCGCGACCUCGAUUACAAUGGUAAACUCGUCUUCGUCAUAUCCAGCGGCGACCGCCACUCCGUCUUCGGUAUCGAUCCGGACACCGGUGACCUGAACACGAUCGGUUAUCUGGACCGCGAGCGGGAGAGCGAGUACUAUUUAAAUAUAAGUGUGUUCGAUCUGGGCAAGCCGCAGAAGUCUGCCUCGAAGAUGCUACCGAUUACCAUCCUGGACGUCAACGACAAUGCGCCGAAGUUCGAGAAGUCCUUGGCGAGUUUCAGAAUCUCCGAGACCGCGCUGAACGGCACCAACGUGUGGCGCGCCAACGCCACCGACGCCGAUCUCGGUGACAACGCGCGCGUCACUUACUCACUCGUGACGGAGACCAACGACUUCCGCGUGGAUCCCUCGACGGGUGUGCUGAGCAUCUUCGGCAAGCUCGACAGGGAACGGCAAGAGAUAUACGAGCUGAGAAUUCGCGCUCGUGAUAACGGUGGCAAGGACAACGACACUCCGCCCUUGUACUCGGACGCGCUCGUCAGAGUGACGGUCGACGACGUCAACGACAAUCCGCCCACCUUCGCGCUGUCGAACUACAACGUCAAGAUCCGCGAAGACGUGCCGCUCUGGACCGUCGUCGCCGUUGUGGACGCCACGGAUCCCGACGAGGGCGCGGGCGGCGACGUGGAAUACUUCCUGUCGGACGCGAUGGAGAGCGAAGGUUCUUUCUUCAAGGUUGACAAGGUGUCGGGCACGGUGAGGACGACUCAGAGCUUGGACUUUGAGGAUCGGCAGUUGCACACGUUGACAAUAGUCGCGCGCGAUCGCGGCGAUCCAUCUUUGUCUUCCGAGACGGACCUCGUGAUCGAGGUGAUUGACGUAAAUGAGAAUCUUCAUCCGCCGAUUUUUGACGAUUUCGUCGUGUCCGCGAGUGUCUUCGAGAACCAACCUGUCGGCACCCUCGUCACCACGGUUCGGGCGAGAGACGCGGAUCCCCCCGGUGGAGAUUCCAAGAUUGGAUACAGCAUCCGCGGAGGUGAUGGCGUUGGCAUCUUCACCAUCGACGAAGAAGGAAACAUCAUGACCAAGGCGGUGCUCGACGUCGAGACGAAGAGGGGAUACUGGUUGACGAUCUAUGCCCAGGAUCACGGAGUGGUUCCGCAGAGCUCGAGUCUCCAAGUUUACGUCCAGGUUCUGGACGAGAAUGAUAACACGCCGUUGACCGAGCUUCCAGUUUACUAUCCCUCGGUGCCGGAGAACUCGCCCGCCGGCGUGAGCGUCCUGCAGAUCCACGCCUUUGACCGCGACGUCUUGCCUCAGCAAUUCGUCUUCACCAUCAGCAGCGGCAAUCCGGAGGGUUAUUUUCUCAUCAACUCCACCACCGGUCUUAUCAGCACCAGCGGCAGAAAGCUCGACCGUGAGAAUCAGGCGGAACACGUGUUGGAGGUGACGGUAAGAGACAACGGUAGGCCAUCUUUAUCGUCGACUACGAGGAUCGUCAUCGAGGUAGAGGACGUUAAUGACCAUAGCCCUAAAUUCGACGAGACGUUCUAUACGGUCCAAAUUCCGGCGUCGCCACCGACAGACAAGCCGCUCUUCCAGAAAUCGAGGAACCGCUCGCGGGAGUUCGACCUUUCGAUCGAUACGUUACUAGAGAACGGGACUUGGGAGACAUUUAGCCCCGACACCCUGUCAGGAGAUCGUAUCUUCAGGGUUCUUGCGUAUGAUGAAGAUAUCGGUGACAACGGGAGAAUCCAGUACAGCCUUAAGGGCGGUCGAAGGGGCAAAUUCAAAAUUCAUCCUACCACAGGGAUGGUAUACUCUCUACGUGUAUUUGAGGCUGGUCAAGAAUACGAAAUGAUGAUACGAGCGACCGAUCACGGAGAACACCAGCGUAGUGAACAGACUCGAGUUUCCGUUCGCGUUGUAGAGGCGCCGAAGGAAUCGGAGAACCCUCCAAUAUUCAAGACAAACAAUCAAAGUGUGGAAGUCACGGAGAGCGACGAGGCGGGCUUUCUAGUCGCUCUCGUGCAAGCCAGCGACAAAGACGGAGAUUCUUUGUGGUACGACAUUUUAGACGGCGACAAACGCGACGAGUUCUUCAUCGGUCGCGACAACGGCAACGUGCUGCUGGCCAAGAGACUGGACUGGGAGACCCAGAACUUUUACAACCUGACGAUCGGCGUAACCGACGGCGUGCACACGACGCUGACGCAGCUGCUCGUUACGGUGAUCGACAUCAAUGAUCACCGUCCGGAGUUUACCGAGAACACGUAUCGCGUCGACAUCUCGGAGAAUGUCGAGAAGGGCGAGAAGAUCCUGCAGCUACACGCGACCGACGAGGAUGAGGAUAAGAAGGUCUUCUACAGCCUGCACGCGGCGCAGAAUCAGGCGUCACUCGAGAUCUUCCACGUGGAUUCGGUGCUGGGCUCGAUCACGUUGAACCAGCCACUCGACCGGGAGACAAUCGAGGAGCACGUGUUGACGGUGAUGGUCAAGGAUCAAGGCACGCCGGCUAAGCGCAACUACGCCCGAGUAAUCGUCACCGUGCACGAUCAUAACGAUCACGCGCCUGAAUUCAUCAGCAAGAUCAUUCAGGGCAAAGUGUACGAGAGCUCGCCGAUCGGCGCGGCGGUGGUGCAAGUAUGCGCGAUCGAUCGGGAUCGCGGCGAGAACGCCAGGAUCACCUAUUCGAUCACGUCCGGCAAUAUUGGUAAUGCGCUCAGCAUCGAUCCAGACCUCGGUUUCAUCCGUGUCGCACGCGAGCUCGAUCUGAGCGUCACCUCCGAGUACACCCUUCUCGUGAAGGCGACCGAUCACGGUUCCCCGGCGCUGGCGAACACCGUGCCGGUGUACGUGAGGGUGAAAAUGGCCGACAACGCGCCACCGCGUUUCAUUCAGAAGGAACUAUCCGCGGAGAUAUACGAGAACCAACAGCUUGGCACGUACGUGAAGCACGUGGAGGCGCGGAGCACGUCGUCCUUGCAGUUUGAGAUUGUGCGCGGUAAUCGCGACGACACGUUCUUCGUGAACCCGAGCACCGGCGUGAUCGUCAUUAAGAAUCAGCUGGAUUAUGAGAAGACCAAAUUCUACAAUCUGACGGUGUCGGCCACGAACAUGGCCAGCGCCUCGGCCACCUGCAAUGUCAUCGUCCACGUGCUCGACAGGAAUGACAACGCGCCGCACUUCCUGCAGGCGGAGUACAGCGGCGAGAUCAGUGAAGGCGCCAGCAUCGGUUCUCUCGUAUUAACCAACUCAAGCGCGCCCCUGGUCAUCAAGGCCGAGGACGCGGAUUCCGAGUUAAACGCGCUGCUCAAUUACGACAUCGUCGAAGAUCUACCGCGAAAGUACUUCCACAUAGACUCCAGCACCGGUGCCAUACGCACCGUCAUGCUACUGGAUCACGAAACGAUUCCGAAGUUUUCGUUCCACGUGAAAGUCUCUGAUCUAGGUAAACCGAGGCUCUCGUCCGAGACGACUGCCAAGGUGAUGAUAGCCGUGACGGAUGUCAACGAUUGUCCGCCCAAGUUCUCCAAGACUGAUUACAACGUCACGCUUUUGCUGCCGACGUACAAGAACGUUGCUGUCACUCGAGUGAACGCCGUGGAUCCUGACAGCUCCGAGGGAACAGCAUUGAGGUAUGACAUCAUCGACGGGAAUAAGGCUCACACCUUCGACAUAGAUGCUCAGAGCGGCAUUAUCACGGUUCACAAUCCGGAACGUAUGAAGAAGAACUAUCUCCUUCACGUGCGAGUGUCAGAUGGCAAGUACUCGAGCGUGGCGCAGGUGAACGUGAUGGUGGAAAAAUCGGAGAAUUCUGGUUUGAUCUUCCAAAAGAACGUUUAUGAAGGGGCCAUUUUGGAGAACUCCACGAAAAUUACAACCGUAGUGGUGGUAAACGUCCUCGGUAGCUCGUUGAACGAGCACAUUAUCUUCAGCAUUCUUAAUCCCACCGACAUGUUCGUAAUCGGACCGACUUCCGGUGCGAUCCGAACCAACGGCAUUCGAUUCGAUCGAGAAGCAUGCGAUCACUACGAAUUAAUCGUCGAGGCAAAGAGUCAUCCGCCGGAUCGGGAGAAGCCCAGAGUAGCUCAUGUUAUAGUGAAUGUCACUAUACUCGACAUCAACGACAAUUGUCCAAUGUUCGUUAAUCUACCGUAUUAUGCUGUCGUUUCCGUCGACGCCCAAAAAGGCGAUGUCAUUACAAAGGUUCAUGCGAUAGAUAUGGAUAGCGGUGAUAAUGGCGAGGUGAGAUACGAAUUGAAGAAAGGUCACGGGGAGCUGUUCAAGGUGUGUCGGAAAACCGGUGAAAUAUCAUUAAAGCAAAAUCUCGAAGGUCACAAUCGCGAGUAUCAGCUUACGAUUGCCGCGUACGACGGCGGAAUAACGCCUUGCUCCAUUGAGGUGCCAGUCAACGUGAAGGUGAUAGAUCGCUCGAUGCCGGUAUUUGACAAGCAAUUCUAUACGGAUAGCGUGCUCGAGAGUAUAGAAGUACAUUCACCUCUGGCGUUAUCCAUUCAAGCUGAGUCACCUUUGAAUCGCAAACUCAUAUACAGCAUUACUAAGGGUAAUGAUUUUGAGGAGUUCGCCCUGGACUUCAACACGGCCCCCGACAGUAACAAUGGUCCUUGUGUAAUCUAUGUGGUGGAUGAGCUGGAUUAUGAGCAAAAGAAGCAGUAUGAGCUGACCGUGCGCGCCACCGACAGCGUGUCAGGCGUUUACGCGGAGGUGCUUGUCAGUAUCCUCGUCCUGGAUGUAAACGACUGCCCGCCCGAAUUCACGCAGGAUUCCUACAACAUUUCGGUGUCGGAGGCGGCACCAUUCGGGACCUCCGUCCUGCGAGUGAGCUCUAGAGACAAUGACACAGGCAUCAAUCAACAAGUUCGGUACGCCAUUCAGAACGACACCGAGGAUAACACGGAUCUCUUCCACAUCGAUCCCGACGAGGGUAUAAUAUUUCUCAAGCGAUCCUUGGAUCACGAAAGCCGCGAAUCCCAUCACUUUACGGUAAUUGCCAUGGACCGCGGUGUGCCGAGCCUGUCGAGUACGGCGCACGUUUGGGUGAGCGUGAUCGAUAUGAAUGACAAUCCGCCCAAGUUCGAGCAGCCUUCGUACACUUGUUCCCUGUCGGAGCACGCCGAGCGUGGCCAAUUCGUGACGGUGGUAUCAGCGAGCGAUCCCGACUACGUCGACGAGAAGCUGACGUACACCAUCGUAGGUGGGAACGAGCAGCAGACGUACAAUAUCGACCAGUCGACCGGCAUCAUUUCGCUGAUAAAUAUGCAGAACUUUGGCGAGCAGAAGCUCAGCAUGCUCAACGUGUCCGUCACCGACGGCGUCUAUACCAGCUUCACUCGCGUUAAGAUUGAAAUUCUGCCCGCGAACAGGCACAAUCCGAAAUUUCCGAAUCCGCUGGUCGAGGUGACCGUUCUGGAGAACCAAUUGCCCGGUAGAUUGGUCACCAGCGUACUGGCCGUGGACGAGGAUUUCGGCGAAUACGGCACAGUGACAUACACGAUAAUGUCGGAGAUGAUGAAGGAACUAUUUGACAUACACAAGCUCACCGGCGAGAUAGUAACACGCAAGAAGCUCGAUCGAGAGGAGCAGAAACUCUAUGAGAUACUGGUUAUGGCAACCGACGGUGGUGGUAGAUCCGGAUUUGUCGUAGUGCGUGUCAAGGUGGGCGACGAGAACGAUAAUGCGCCCGUGUUUCUUCUCAGAGAGUACAAAGCGACCAUCCAAGGUAAUCUGUCUUUGAAUACACCCUUCCUAAAAGUCAGAGCGCAGGACGCGGACGAGGAAGAGGCGGCUAAGAUCGUUUACUCCAUCUACGAAUUGCAAACGUCACCAGCUAAGUCUCUGUUUGGUAUAAAUCCCGAUACAGGAUCUCUCUAUCUACAGAAGAGCGCUGUGGAAUGGGAAAACAAAUUGUUCGAGUUUUUCAUUCGCGCGGAGGACAAAGGCACGACUACACAUCAUGCCGAUGUACCAUUGAGUAUCUACAUAAUGGGUUCUCAUGAUAUUCCGCCUCUGUUUGAGCGGAAGGAAGAUACAUUUUUCGUAAGAGAGGACUCUUCCAUCGGUACACCGAUUACGAAACUCAAAACCGUUACGAAUAGCACCGUGACGUAUCGCAUAGUAUCCGGCGAUGAGGAUAACCCGCUCUUUACGAUCGACUCUCACGGUCAGAUCACUCUAGCGAGACCGUUGGAUCGAGAGCUGAAAGACAGUCAUUUGAUCGGUGUUCUCGCUGAGACGGAUUCAAGUCCACCGCUCACAGCUCUCGCUGAAAUUUUCCUUCAGGUACUUGAUGAAAAUGAUCACGCGCCGAAAUUUGAGAGCAAUCCAUACGCGAUCAACUUGGCCGAGAAUAUCGAGGAAAGGACGUCUAUAUUAAAAGUUACCGCGCACGAUAAAGAUCUUGCUAGCAACGGCGAGGUGCGUUAUUCCUUUGGAUCCGACAUAGGCGAAUUAGCGAACGUUUUUACCGUGGAGGCGUAUAGCGGUUGGAUAUCAACAUUGGUACAGCUCGACAAGGAAAAGCAACCAGAAUAUAAGUUUCAGGUGGUUGCCACUGACAAUGGAAAUCCGAAACAUUUCGCAAGAACGUCAGUGCACGUCAAGUUAAAAGAUUAUAACGAUAAUGCUCCUGCAUUCGUUGAUGAUCGUUAUGAAGCUACGGUGAAUGAAGACGCUCUACCGGGAACAGUUGUGCAAAAACUGAUCACCGUUGAUAAAGACACGGAUAUUAGUACACCGAUAGAGUUUUACAUAACAUCCGGCGAUCCUAGAUCGCGAUUUCAAAUUAGAUCUACCGGCGAGGUGUACGUGGCAAAAUCAUUAGAUAGAGAAACUAUCGAUCGUUAUGAGCUUGAGAUCGUUGGUACUGAUGGAAAAUAUGUUUUUGAGACAAAAGUAACGGUACAAGUCUUGGACGUUAAUGAUAAUCCGCCAUAUUGUCUCAGAUACCGUUAUAGAGAGAUACUUUCCGAGGGCUCGCAUCCUGGUACUUACGUAUUGACCGUAUUGGCCAUUGACUACGAUGAUGAGCCGAACGCUAAAUUAAGAUUCUAUUUGACUGGCGACAAUAAUGAUAAAUUUUCGUUAGAUAAAGAAACAGGCGUGCUGAAAACUGUCGGGCAGCUCGAUCGAGAGACUCAAGCCAAGUAUUCAUUGACGGCACACGUGCAAGAUCGAGAUAAGCCGACUUGGGAAUGUUCAUCGCAGUUAGAGAUUUUCGUUUCUGAUCUCAACGAUAACGCACCGAAAUUUACUAUGUCAACCUACAGCAGCACUCUGCCUGAAGAUGUGGAAGUCGGUACUUUAGUAACUAAAGUACACGCUACGGACGAUGAUAUUGGUAUCAAUCGGAAGAUCCGGUAUGAGUUUAUCGAUUCGGCGGACGGUCAUUUCCUUAUCGCGGUGGAUAGUGGAAUAGUUACGCUGGCCAAACCGCUAGAUAGAGAAACGAAGGCUAUGUACAACGUUACUAUUCAGGCAUUGGAUCAAGGUACUCCGCAAUUGAUGGGGGUUGCUUCUCUCAUUGUUAACGUGCAGGAUAUCAAUGAUAACCCGCCGGAAUUCACUUCCAAACUCUAUUUCGCGAAAGUGCCCGAGAUCUAUGCGGUUGGUACUGAAGUAGCAAGAGUACUCGCCACCUCCAAGGAUACAGGAGUGAACGCUGAUAUAUAUUACUCGAUUGUCGGAGGCAAUGAACACAAAAAGUUCCAAAUAGACGCCAAGACUGGAGUUUUGACUAUCGCCGAACAGUUGGACUAUGAACGAGCUCGCGAUUAUUUUCUCACUAUCCAAGCUGUCGACGGAGGCAUUCCGCCGCUAAGCAAUCACGCUACUGUCAAUAUUACCGUCACCGACAGUAACGAUAACGCGCCGAUUUUCAGCGAGGUUUUGUACAGAGCCUUCGUGAGAGAAGAUGCGAAGAUCGGAGAAAAAGUUACACAAGUGUAUGCGAACGAUUUAGAUAGCGAGGAGAAUGGCAACGUAUCUUAUUACAUAGAACGUGGCGAUAGACAAAAGCAAUUUUCUAUCGAUAGAAAAACGGGACAGAUAACCGUCGCUGCGUCAUUGGACCGAGAAGAAGUUGCUAACUAUGUUUUGGAAGUUCAUGCGCGUGACAACGGCAUACCAAUGCUUUCGAACUUCGUGAUGGUGAACAUCGAAAUUCUGGACGCAAACGACAACCCGCCAUUGUUUUCCCUACCAAAUUACACAGCUGUUGUGCAGGAGGACAAACCGCUCGGUCAUACGGUUUUACAAUUUGUGGUCACCGACGCAGAUGUCGAGCCGAAUGCUGAGCCGUACACUUUUGACUUCCGCUCCGGAAAUGAAGGUGACGCGUUUCGACUGGAACAGGACGGCACUCUGCGAACGGCGACGAAAUUUAACAUCAGAGUGAAGGAUAAGUACGUGCUGCAUGUUCGAGUGUUCGAUAAUGGCAGCCCACCAUUAUAUUCGGACGCGUGGGUUGUAAUCAAGGUGAUCGAAGAAUCGCAGUAUCCGCCGGUAAUCACGCCCCUCGAAGUGAUUAUCAAUUCCUAUAUGGAUGAGUAUCCCGGCGGCAUUAUUGGGAAAGUCCACGCAACCGAUCAGGAUCAGUACGACACCCUUCUUUUCAGUUUGGUGCCAUCCUCGCCGAACACUGAUCUCUUUCAAAUAGAUAAAGUCGAUGGCACGUUAAUCGUCCUGCCUCGACUCGAUGUGGGUGAAUAUAGAAUAAACAUCAGCGUAACGGAUGGCAAGUUUCACUCGUAUUCCAUCGUGAAAGUCAAUGUCGAUCUGAUAACCGACAAGAUGCUCGAAAGUUCGGUGAUCGUAAGAUUCCGAGAGGUUAGCCCGGAAGAUUUUAUGCUGAGUCAUCGUAAAGGCUUCGUCAAGACUGUUCGUAACGCGAUGAAUUGCCGACUCAGGGACAUUGUCAUCAUCAGCGUGCAGCCGUCGACCGACGAGGCAAACUUGAUCAAGUCACGAGCGAUUCGCCAGGCGGUGAACAAUGAUCUCGAUCUUCUGUUUGCCGUGAAGAAGGCAGCGAGUCCCGUGGGUUCGUUGGGUUUCUAUGCAUCGGAGAGCAUCCGCGAGGCGUUGAAUCAGCACGUAGAAGAACUGGAGGAAUCAACAAAACUAGUUGUCGAGGAAAUCGUCCGAUUCAAGUGCAACAAGGGUUACUGUUUUUAUGGCGACUGUCAAGAUAAGAUCACUCUUGACCCUACGCAGAUUACACCCGUGUCUACGGAUAUGAUGAGUUUCGUAUCUCCGCGGCAUAAACACAAGAUGGAAUGCAAUUGCAAGGAAGGAUAUUCCGGUAAUCACUGCGAAGUUGUAGUUAAUGAGUGCGCGAGAGAUCCUUGUCCUUUGUUCAAAGUUUGCGUGCCAGACUCCUCUAUUCAAGGGUAUUCAUGCCAGUGUCCCGAGGGAUAUGCCGGUCAAACUUGCGAUAUCGAUAUUUCUAAAUGCCACGAUGAGUCGUGUUACAUUCCGCGAAAUCCUAUAUCCUUCAGCGGCAAAAGUUACGCGCGCUACAAAAUCGAUAAAGCGCUGAUACGACAAACGAUCGAAGACCGUCUCAGCUUAUCCUUGAGGAUCAGGACAGUGCAGCCUACCGGUAACUUAAUGUAUGCGGCCGGCAAAGUUGACUAUAAUAUUCUAGAAAUUGUUAAUGGCGUAAUGCAAUAUAAAUUUGACUUGGGCAGCGGCGAAGGACUAGUCAGAGUGAGCAGCGUAUACAUGAGUGACGGACAAUGGCAUGAAAUCCAGUUGGAGCGGGAGAGUAACAGCGCCCGAUUAACCGUGGAUGGAAAGCAUAUCGCUCAUGGUUCCGCGCCUGGUAUCAAUGACAUCCUGAAUCUGCAGUCGGAUGAUUUGUAUCUGGGCGCCGAGGUCAGGCAGCAUCCGUCGAUUAUUGGCUUCGAAGACGUGCAGCGUGGCUUCAUCGGGUGCAUGGAUGACGUCAGGAUUGCCCGAAUAUCUGUGCCGUUGCAUAUGAGCGGUGCCAACAGUGUGGCCAUUCUCAAGCGUUUUGCCAACGUUGAGUUCAGCUGCGACACAGCGACCAUCUUGAUACCGCCGGGUGUCUGUGGCUCGCAACCGUGUCAGAACGGCGGCACCUGCAACGACAAGGGCAACGACAAUUAUGAAUGUCAAUGUCACAGCCGGUUUGACGGUUUAGCAUGCGAGAUCGACACAGAUCCUUGCGCCUCGUCACCCUGCCUCUAUGGUGGCCGUUGCAAGAUUGUGCCGGAAGGUGGUGAUUAUACCUGCGAGUGCGUCGGUGCGAGUCUCAGUGGCAAACGUUGCGAGUUCGGCAGAUAUUGCAGCCCGAAUCCGUGUAAUCACGGAGGUGUGUGCGAGGAGGGUAACAACGGUCCGAUCUGCAAGUGUCAGGGCUUCACGGGUGAGCAUUGCGAGACCGAUGUGAACGAGUGCGACGCGAAUCCGUGCACGAACGGCGGCACUUGCGUGAACGAGAUCGGCACGUACAGAUGUAUCUGCCCACCGAACAUGACCGGUCUGAACUGCGGCAACCCGGCCUUCUCCACACCCAUCAUAUCCGGCAACUUCAACAUUCCGUGGGAGCAUCUCAUGUGGAUCAGCAUCGCGGUACUGCUCAAUGUUCUGCUCAUCGUCAUAUUCGUCGCCUUCUGGCGGAUCAGAACGAAGCGGACCAGAACGCGCGCCAACAACAUCAAUAACGAAACACGGAAGCAGAUCGUCCUGAAUUCUGCGAGAUCUCAUGAGCAUGAGUUUAAGCGCAGUUCGAAGCUGAGCAAUCUGGAAGUCAUACAGAGAGAACCUCCCCAAUGCCCUCCUAGACCCGCCUCCUACACUCCGAGCUCGAAUAACGAGCCGGCCACGUAUGGUAACUCGGCGGCAGUGGCUCUAAAUAACUUGGACACCCUGCGCAGCUACGGCAGCGCGGGCGACGAGCUAGAAAAUUUCCCGCCAGAUUACCUGCGGAACCUGAAUCGCAGCACCCCCGUACCACCUCCGUCCCUGACCCUCGCUAACCCGGUCGGUGGGAAUGCAACUGGCAGCGACACGGACAGUCUGCACAAGCCCACUUGGCAGGAACAGAUGCAGCUGGCCUCCUUUAUAACCGACACCACCAAGAUCAAGAAUGACCUGAAACGAGCGAGCCCAGUGGUACCAGAGCUGACCACUGGAGGACUUCUACUAAACUCUUCUCGACGGGCGCCUCAUGCGGUUGGGUCCUCCGUUGCCUCCGUCACGUCCAUCGAGGAUGAUCCUCGCAUCGUCGGCGGGUAUCACUGGGACUGCUCAGACUGGGUUAGACCGAGUCAGAAUCCCUUGCCUAACAUCACGGAGGUACCCGGCAGCGAGGUCCCAGACUCGUCCAGCUUUCAUAGCAAUGAGAGUAAUGAGUCUAAUACUCAUCAGUUACCAAUAAUGCACGGUCCGGUAGAUCCGACGAGAGACAUCGAGACCUUAAAUGAAGAUCAGGAAUCGGAAUACGUCGGAGAUUCCGAAUGCGGAACUGAGUUCUCGGAGCAGUAUCAUUGCGCGGAGACGCAGCGUCUAAAUCCCCUCGACAGCGGUGGUGAGGGGGAAUACAAGUACAAGAGUUCCGAGAGCUAUCUGCGUCAUCCGAACACGUACCUGCCGCAUUAUAAUAUCCAUACCGAUACCGAGAACGAGACGAACCCGCUCAACGGCCGUCUCAGCACCCUCGAGUCCGACGAGGAGGAAGACGACGUAGUGCCUUAUGGUUUUCCAAGCACCCGCCGUAACCGAUGUCACAAGGCGAUCGAGGAGGACGAGGUCGGCUCGGUCAUCACCACGUUGGAGGAGAGGAAUUCGCUAUUGGGCGGCGCAACCAGCAAUAGCGAUCUCUCCACGAAUCUGUGCGAGAUCGACGAUUCCGAAUACGAGAUCGCGGAUCAGAAGAGCAACGGGCGCCUGUGGCUGUCGGGGACCGGCAUCACGCAGACUCCAGUGUGACAAACGGUGGUGUCGAAGUACGCAGAUAGACUGAAACGUGCGAGAGCGUGUUUCUCCGUGCUUCUACGAUCGAGACGCGCGGAUGCCUGUGAAUAUGCAAUUUUGUAUAUAGAGUGUUAUAUCGCCGUAGACAAGUAAGACAGUCUGUACAGGCAGCUAUGAAGUAAGGAACCGUUGUGCGAGCCACCGGCGUGUUCUGGACGCACUUUCGCGCGUAUGAUGUAUACCGUCGCGGAAAUACAUCACGCCUCAAAUCUCCUCCUAUACAGGUAGAGUUCAAGCACACAUCAGCGUACUUAAUCCUGCAAACUAAUCGUGAAUAGUUAUAUGUCCUACAAUUGCAUCUUCACGUCAUUGGAAUCAAUGAAAAAAUUUAGAGAGCUUCUACUUUAUUUAUUUUAUUAUUAUCGAAUGCAGCACAUAUUUUGUUAUAUUAAUAUACAUGAACAGAUGGACUUCGACAUGUAGAGCAUUGUAAUUUUUAUGACUUGAUUGUAGAAAAAAAGGUAUCUGAACAUAUAAUGUUCGUAUGUUUUCUAUUUCCAAGUCAUGAUUUCAUCUUCUAUAUAAUCGCAAGAUGUUAAUAAGUUUCAUAAAUAUAAAUUAUUUGCUUAAGCAAGAGAAAACGUACAUACAUAAUUGCAACGCUACAUACUACACAUAUGCUUAAUAUUGUUUUAUUUUCACAACAAUUAAAAAUAUUUCUUUCGACUCUACCAAGGAGAUGAGAUUUACUAGAAAAAAAUAGACUAUGGCAAUUAUGAGUACAUAUGUAAGAAAUCACCUUGAUUAAGAAAAGGAAGAUUCAUUACUCGAGAAAAGUAAAAUUAAUCACGACCGUGUCGUCAGACCAAUGAUUAUUGUUUAAUGAUCUAUCGUUUAAAUUUAACAUGUUAAUCCAACAACAACUAUAAUUCCAGUGCAAAAGAUACAUAGGUACAUUUAUGUAUUUUUACUAUUUGCUAACUGACUUUAUUUUGGUUACGUAUAUAAAUGAACCGACGGACUACUUAAUAACGCAUAUAUUAAGUAAAAAGUAGUAGAUUAGCGUGUAAGUAAAUGGACUCUAGUGAAAAAGAACAGUCUCCUCCGUGUUAAGGAGCGACGUGUGUGUGACUGCGUGUGUUGGCGCAGGUUAAUAGUUAAAAAAAAAUAUAAUGAAAUAUUUUUACUGUGAUGAUAAUAAUGUUUAUACGAUGAUCAAAUAUUAUGACUUGUAUCAUAAUAAUUGCAAUGUUAAUUAUCCAACGUUUUAUAACAGAAAUCUAAGGGAAAAAAA